CUGGUUCGUCCCCCCUGUUAUUCGGGCCGGGCGGCCAGAUUUGUCUUUUUAAGUUCCUACAACCGAUCUGAUUCGUUGCUGUUUUGUCAAAUCUAAACUUGAUUUACGUCCAUUUUUAUUUCAGUUACUGCAAAUAUAUCGUCGAGUCAUUAUGGCGGUGAACACGGGUACUUCUCUGGUGCUGUCCAGUCUGCUGUCGGUGCUGGUGUUUGCUGGGAUGCAGAUGUUCAGUAAACAGCUGGGUUCUACAGAGUGGCUCACCAUCCUGGGAGGUUUCCUGGGCUCUGUUCUCUUCAUCUGCUCCCUCACUGCAUUUAAUAAUCUGGAAAAUCUUGUUUUUGGGAAAGGAUUUCAAGCCAAAAUAUUCCCAGAGAUCCUGUUGUGCCUGUGCCUGUCACUGUUUGCCUCUGGGCUCGUGCACCGUGUCUGUGUCACCACAUGCCUGAUAUUCUCGUGCUUCGCCCUCUACUACAUCAACAAAAUAUCUGCUGCCCUCUACCAAGCAGCUGUUUCUUCAGUGACACCAGCCAAGUCAACCACCAAAUCCAAAAGGAAGAACUGAUGAAUCUGAGACCUGCUUUACAUUCAGCUGACUAGUUUGUGUCCCCAGUGCAGCUCAUGGACCGCCGGGGCAACAUCACAGUUACUCUUUGCCACAGUGAUUUCUUUUUAUGGUGUUUUGAACAGUGAUCUUAAAUGUGGAAAAAGUGAGAAAACCUCCUGGCACAUACAAGGCUGUAAAAUAAUGAACCGUCUUUCUACAUUCCACUGGUGACCUUUUCCUCAACACUCAUUUUAAACUGAAAGAGAAAAAAAAACAUUUGACCCCUCAAGUUAUUUGCACAUGCAUUUUCUGUUUUGUGCGAGUUUGUAAUUAAACUCUUUGAAAGGCA